UUGCUUAUAGAAGUGACUACCAGUGCCAUAAACACAUGGUUUAAAUCCUCCAAAAUGGGUCCAUCUCUUAGACCAUAACUUUCAAGGCAACUACCACUGAAUAUAUCUUAUACUAAGAUGUCAUUAUUUCAUGCCGUGUUCCUGCUGCUCACUGGCCUGGGUGCGAGUUUGUCUCAAGAUGAGAAGCCGACGGUCCCAUUUGGCUGCAGAUUUGGACCUCAACGACCAUACACUCUCUUAUGUGACCUGGAUGCUAUAUGGGGCGUGGUGGUGGAGGUCGUAGCAGCGGCUGGUGUGUUAGCUGCCAUUUUACUUUUGAUAGUGUUACUGUGUCGCCUGCACUCAGUGACUGAGGCACCAAAGCGAAGUGGCAUCGGUCCGAUUCUCUUACUGUUAAUGGGCAUUAUUGGGCUCUUUGGGCUUAGCUUUGCAUACCUUAUUGAGCAUAAUGAAAGCAUUUGUGUGGUGCGACGUGCCCUCUGGGGUUUGUUUUUCUCACUCUGCUUUGCCUGCAUGUUAACACAGGGCUUGAGGCUGCGCAGGCUUGCAUGUGAGUCUCGUAGCCCAGGCGGGUGUGCCCUUGUUGGACUAGUGCUAGGGUUAACAGCAGUACAAGGUAUUAUUGCUGCAGAGUGGCUUCUUCUAACAGUACUGCGGGAGGGUAACCCGGCUUGCGAGUAUCAGGCACUGGACUUUGCACUCGCUUGUGCCUAUGUGGCAGCACUUCUGCUGGCUGCGCUAGUAACUGCAACAUUAGCACUGUGUGGGAAGGCACGACAAUGGCACUGUAAUGUUGUGUGGCUUCUAGUCUCCUGCUUGCUGUCCAUUCUCCUGUGGGUGGCUUGGGUUGGUUUCUACAUCUAUGGAAACAAAGUACUUGAGAAGUCUCCGGACUGGGAUGAUCCAGCAUUGGCUGUGGCCCUGGUAGCACAGGGUUGGUUGUUAUUGCUGUGCCAUGCUGCUCCUGAAGCCCAUGCCUGUCUUCGAUCACCACAUCAGCCUUCGGCUCCAGACUAUUUUGACACAUCUCAGAAUUCAUCACGCAUGAGAGAGGCCAGCCUGGAUGAGGACAUCCCAAUUUCACACAGGCAGUUUGUGGAGAACCAGGGAUACGCGUUUGAUGAAAAUGCUGCAGGGUUGAGAAGUGGUAACCAUCAUAAUGGCAACACAGGGGCCAGACCCAGUGCACCCUUCAGAAGUAACGUCUACCAACCGACUGAGAUGACCAUGAUACUAAAUGGAGGAGCAUCAGUCAUGUUCAACAUUACGUCGACACUGAUGUUAGGGGUCCCUAUUGAAAGCGUGCCAGGACAGAUGCACCUCAAUCCGUAA